AGCGCCGCCGCCCCGCGACCCGCCUUCCCCCGCCGCACACAAAAGCCCGGUCCGGCCGCCUGCCCCAGCCCUCUUCGUCACCGACACCGACACCGACCCCGACACCGGCCCGGCUGCAGGAUGCCAAACUGGGGAGGAGGGAAGAAGUGUGGUGUGUGCCAGAAGGCGGUGUACUUUGCUGAGGAGGUGCAAUGUGAAGGCAACAGCUUCCACAAGUCCUGCUUCUUGUGCAUGGUCUGUAAGAAGAACUUGGACAGCACGACAGUUGCUGUGCAUGGAGAGGAGAUCUACUGCAAGUCCUGCUACGGCAAGAAGUACGGCCCCAAGGGCUACGGCUACGGGCAGGGAGCAGGGACCCUGAGCACUGACAAGGGGGAGUCUCUGGGCAUCAAAUAUGAAGAGGGCCAGCCCCACCGACCCACCAACCCUAAUGCAUCCAGAAUGGCCCAGAAGGUUGGAGGCUCUGAUGGGUGCCCUCGCUGUGGUCAAGCGGUGUAUGCAGCCGAGAAGGUGAUUGGAGCUGGAAAGUCCUGGCACAAGUCCUGCUUCCGCUGUGCCAAGUGUGGCAAAAGCCUGGAGUCCACGACCCUGGCAGACAAAGACGGGGAGAUCUACUGCAAAGGUUGCUACGCCAAGAACUUUGGCCCCAAGGGCUUUGGCUUUGGGCAGGGUGCUGGGGCCCUCAUCCACUCGCAGUGAGGCACCAGGGUGGGCUCUGCACUCACUCAGGGCUCACCCAGAGCAGCCUGCUGUGCUGCCCGAGCCCUCCCGCACCGCAGUGAGCAUCCUCAGCACCAUCAACAGCCACCUGCUGCUUCACAGCACCAGCCCCUCCCUGCCCACCCCGGCCCUGACGCUGUGGGAGCCCCGUCAUUGUCCCCAUCAGGUCCGGCUGGUUUGGGUGCUGGCGGGGGGACAACUCACACCCACCCGCAGCCGGGCCCGCGCGCCCCAAACGUUCUGCUCCGCGCCGCCCGCCCCGGGCCGGGAGCUCAGCCGUGCCGCCUCACCGAGCAAGCAAUAAACAUCAAAGCUGA